AUGUAGAUUUUUUUUUAUAAUCUAAUCUACCAUAACUCUGUCAUCUGUAACUUAAUUUUACAUCUAAAUCAUAUUUACUUACUCAAAUGGCAUAAUAAAUUGGUUCUGCUUUAUCAAAAUGUUAAAAUCUCCUAACUUUCAAAUUUGAGUUAUGGUAAACAUAUUUAUUUUUCUUAUAUUAUCAAAAUACUUGAAAAACAAACUAUAAAAUAAGUAAAAAAUCAAAAAUUUAUUUUUUUUAAGUAUAUUUAAUUAUGA